CGCGGCGCUGCGGUGCGGGCGGCGCGGCGAUGGCGGCGCUGCAGGCUGUGCUGCUGGCGCCGCUCCUGGCGCUCUGCCGGGCCGGGCCGGGGCCGGCGCCCGCCGCCCGCGUCGAGGUGGCGGUGUCCGGGCCCGGGCCGGGGGCAGGGGCCGGGAGCGGGGCGGCGGGCGGGGCCGGGGCGGCCGCAGGGGCCGGCGGCUCCUACACGCUGCGCGGGGCCGUGCUGGGCGCGGGGGGCGGCCGGGCCGGCCCGGGCCGGGGGGUCCCGCGGGGCGGGGAGGAGGAGAUCCGCGGCCGCCUGCUGCUGGUGGGACACACGGAGCCAGAGCUGGGCGCUGCCGACAGCUGGAUCGGUGUGGUGCCCGUGGGCGAGGAGCCAGCCGAGGUGCCGCGGGGUGCCAAGGAGGAGUCCUUCACCGCUGCCGUCGUCAGCAAGAUGAAGCGAGCGCUGGUGCUGGGGGCGUCAGCCCUGCUUAUCCUGGCUCUGAACCAGAAUGCCAUUCGGGAGCUGGAUGUUUCCCAGCUUCUUGCCAAGCCUGUGAUCGUGAUCCAGUCCUCGGACAACGUCACCAAGCUGUUGGGAGCGCUGCUGCGGGGGCUCCAGGCUACAGCGAAGAUCACGUACCAGGCAGUGCUACUGGAGAACCUGGGAGUGACGCUCACCCUCUGGUCGACCUGCGGCCUCUCCCGAGGGGGGCUCUACGGGGAGUGGCAGGGGGUCAUCUGCACGGGGGAGAACAGCUCGCAGGUCCAGAAGUACCUCCAGCAGCUGUGGAACACCAUCCUGCUGAUUGCCCUGCUUCUCUGCACCGGGGUGAUCGUGCAGGCUCAGCGGCAGUCACGGCAAGACCUGUCAGAGCAGGAUGCUGAGCUGGACCUGAAGCAGCACAUUCGGCAGCGACUGUUGGCACUGAAAACCCGGCGGUACCAUCCCAGCAAAGCACUUCGGAGCCAGGCCUGUGAGAUUGAUAGCUGUGCUGUCUGCUUGGACCAGUUCCACAAGAGCCAGUGGCUGCGGGUGCUGCCCUGCUCCCAUGAGUUUCACCGGGACUGCGUGGACCCCUGGCUCCUGCUGCAGCAGACCUGCCCGCUCUGCAAGCGCAACAUCCUGGGGAACUGCUGCACAGAGAGCUAGCUGGCCCGACAGACGCACUCCAGGGACAGACCCAUCGCUGCUCCGGGGAGAGGGAGGGGGGCAGGGGGUGCUCAACAAGCGGCACUUGCUGCCAGAGUGGGGUCGGUGUGGCUGUGCCCGUUGCAGUGCCCGGCCGUUCAGAGAAUGAAAGAUCUCGGGGCAAUUCCGGCUGGGCACGAGUAGAGGGUGGGGGGACACACCAGAUGGCCAGUACCGGGGUCUGGGGGAGCGGGUGCAGGGAAAGGAAGCUGCAGGGGCACCCAUGGGUGUAACAGGGGGGGGACAUGGAGACUGGAGGCAGUGAGAGCCCUGGCCUGGCUGCUCCCUUUCCCUGCUCGUAGCAAUUUUUUCUAAGUCUUUUUUUCUUUUUUAUUUCUAUUUUCCCAUGGCUGUGGCAGGGUGGGCAGAGCCCAGGCGGGAGCCAUGCUGCGCCCGAGCCUGACGGGGGGCCUGGCUGUGGCGGGAGCCCCUCCGCACUGCAGGGGCAUCGCAAGCGGAUCUACCAGGGCCGGGGGGCUGCAGCUGGCAGGGCUGCUGGGCGACCCGCCACCUCGCUGCGGGAGGGCAGGGCAGCUGAACGCUUUAUUUAACUUAUUAGAAAGGCCGGCAGGAACCAGCUGCAGAGACCAAACACGGGGCUUGUUUGACUGAACACUGGUGUGCCGCAUGCCCUGACCGGCUCCUGUGCCAUGCAGCACGGCACGUGUGUCUAUUAAACACAGAGCAAGGA